CCGGCGUGCUUUGCGUCUCCAGGAAGUGAGCCUUACUGUGCAUAGACAAGUGAGCAAUGAAGCUGUAUUGCCUGUCGGGACAUCCUACACUACCAUGCAACAUCCUCAAAUUCAAGUCCACCACCAUCAUGCUAGACUGCAGUUUGGACAUGACCUCGGCUCUCAGCUUCCUCCCGCUGCCUCUGGUCCACAGCACCCGUUUGUCCAAACUUCCUGGAUGGGUGACCAAGGAUGGCAGUACACAGUUUGAGAAGGAGCUAAAGGAAUGUUCUGGUCGAGUAUUUGUAGACUCUGUGCCAGAGUUCUGUUUGCCUGAAACAGAGUUGAUAGAUCUGUCUACUGUAGAUGUGAUUCUCAUCUCUAACUAUCACUGUAUGAUGGCGUUACCAUACAUCACUGAGCGCACUGGCUUCACCGGAACAGUCUACGCCACCGAGCCGACAGUUCAGAUUGGCAGGCUCCUUAUGGAAGAACUGGUGAACUUCAUAGAGCGUGUCCCGAAGGCUCAAUCUGCCACCAUGUGGAAGCACAAGGAAGUGCAAAGGCUACUUCCUGCCCCCCUAAAGGACGCUGUUGAGGUAUUUACCUGGAAGAAGUGCUACACAAUGCAGGAAGUCAAUGCUGCUUUAAGCAAGAUUCAGCUGGUUGGAUAUUCCCAGAAAAUAGAGCUGUUUGGCGCAGUGCAAGUUACACCUCUAAGUUCUGGUUACGCCCUUGGCAGCUCCAACUGGAUCAUCCAGUCCCACUAUGAGAAGGUUUCUUAUGUGUCUGGAUCUUCGCUUCUUACCACUCACCCGCAGGCCAUGGAUCAGGCGUCUCUGAAAAACAGUGAUGUCCUCAUCCUUACGGGUCUCACCCAGAUCCCGACAGCCAAUCCCGACGGAAUGGUGGGCGAAUUCUGCAGUAAUCUUGCAAUGACCAUAAGGAAUGGCGGCAAUGUUCUGGUGCCGUGUUACCCGUCAGGGGUGAUCUAUGACCUGCUGGAGUGUCUGUACCAAUACAUUGACUCUGCGGGACUCUCCAGCAUUCCUUUCUACUUCAUCUCUCCGGUGGCUAACAGCUCCCUGGAAUUCUCCCAGAUCUUCGCAGAGUGGCUCUGUCAGAACAAGCAGAGUAAGGUGUACCUGCCGGAGCCCCCGUUCCCCCACGCAGAGCUCAUCCAAACCAACAAACUGAAGCACUAUCCCAGCAUACACGGAGACUUCAGCAAUGACUUUAAACAGCCCUGUGUGGUGUUUACAGGACACCCCACACUGCGCUUUGGAGAUGUGGUUCACUUUAUGGAGCUGUGGGGCAAAUCCAGCCUGAACACCGUUAUAUUCACUGAGCCAGAUUUUUCGUACCUGGAUGCCUUGGCCCCAUAUCAACCUCUUGCAAUGAAAUGUGUCUAUUGUCCUAUUGACACCCGGCUGAAUUUCAUUCAGGUUACUAAGCUCCUUAAGGAAGUACAGCCACUCAAUGUUGUGUGUCCAGAGCAGUACACACAGCCCCCGGCCUCCCAGGCUCACCGAUCGGACCUCAUGAUAGACUGCCAACCAGCGCCCAUGUCCUACCGCAGAGCUGAAGUCCUCACACUUCCUUUCAAACGACGUUUUGAGAAAAUUGAACUUGUUCCAGAACUUGCAGAAACCCUAGUACCGGUGGUAUUUAAACCAGGCGUUUCCUUGGCAACCAUUUCUGCUGUUCUGUAUACGAAGGACAACAAGCAUGUCCUGCAGAUUGCUCCAAAACCCGCACAGGCCCAGAAUCAGUCUGGCAAAAAAAGGAAGAAGCCUGCAGAAGAAAUACCAGAGAUCCAGCCAUUUAAGCCAUGUCUUAGUGGAUCCAUCCCCGUUGAACAGUUUGUGCAGACCCUGGAGAAGCAUGGUUUUACUGAUGUAAAAAUUGAAGACACGGCAAAGGGCCACAUUGUUCAUCUGCAAGAGGCAGACACCCUUAUCCAGUUCGAGGAAGACUCCACCCACAUAAUCUGCGAACACGACGAGCGACUGAGAGUUAGACUGCGAGACAUGGUCCUCAAAUUUCUUCAGAAGUUCUAGUUUCAUGGUGAAGAAUACACUUACCGCUGUCAGAGACCCUUUCUAUGUCGUGUCCUAACCAUAACAACCAGCAAGGAACGUACCGUCACACAGAACCUGUACUGCUACAGAUUGUGUGAUCAGUCCAUACAGUGUAAUCAAUGAGAGAUUCAGGCUACACUGGAAUCG